AUGCGAAUGAAAAGCGGUAAAGAUGCAAACUUUAAGCUAUGGGAACUAAGAUUAGGGUCUUGCGACGAGGGGAAGGCUAUACUUAAUCAAUCUUGCACUUUAACCACUUGUAUCAAGCUAUCUCUUGGUAUUGAGCUUCUCAGCCUAGCUAACCCUUUCCCAAGCUCGAUCGAGUUGUCUUGGCCGGUCGAGUUGUGGAACUCGACCGGUUGGUCGAGUAGGUGGGUCGAGCUGGCUUCAAAGGCGGCUUCCUUCUUCAUUCCAGCAUGCGCGGUCAAGCUGAGUCCAUGCACCAUGUCCUUCCUUGCUCCUCACGUCCCAGUUGCUCCAUAG